GAAUAUAUGAAGAGAGGAAUAGAUGAGAUAGGCAUGACAAGGGAUGGGUGGAGGGAGGCGGCCGGAGAUCGAGUACGGAACCUGGGGAAAUUCACCACUAGGGAGGAGUAUAUACCUGGAACAAAGAUGGUUUUCCCGGGGCUGAAGAAGCCACAGGAGCGUGCUGACCUCAUUGCAUAUCUGAAAGAAUCUACAGCACAAUGAGUCUUUGACAUUCCUUUACCCCCUAUUCUUUUGCAGUUUCUUGAGGAAUAUUUUGCUUUGUGCGGAUCAGAUAAACUACUAUUUUUUUUAAUAAAACAGACGUUGCUCUGUUGUGCUUGCAGUGCCUUCAAGCAAUAUUUAUUGAAAUUGCCUUUGGGAAGAAGAGGUCAUUUUCUUUGGCAAACUGAAUUGUAUUUGGUUGGAUGCAUUUGACUUAUAAAUAUCUUGUUA